GAUAUUCAUUUAACAUAAUAACCUAGUCUUGACAGCAAUGGCCAAUUUUUUCGUGUUUUUCAUCGCUCUGGUUGCUGUAGCUCAGUGCUCAGUAGUACCAGUGGUCAAAGUAGACGAAGACUCUUCCAGCUUUGCUUACGAUGUAGCUGAUCCCAAUACUGGUGACUACAAAAGCCAAGUGGAGACACGUAACGGUGGAGUUGUUAGAGGACAAUACUCGCUGAUCGACCCUGAUGGCACCAAACGUACUGUUGACUACACUGCUGAUGAUGUAAAUGGUUUCAAUGCUGUUGUACGAAAAGACCCCGUUGUUGGUGCAUCUGUGAUUGCCGCUACCCCUGUUGUUGCGCGCACCAGUGCCGCUCCAGCAGUAGUUUCCACUGGUCCAUUUGUUGCUGCUGUCCGCACUGUUCCUGCCACCUCAUUUUACAGUGCCCCAUCUCCUGUGGUAGCUAGAUCUUAUGUGGCUCCUGGAGUUUACGCGACCUCUUCUCCAACAGUAUUCUCAACUCGUACACCUUCAUUCUACUCUGCAGCACCUUCAGUGUAUACUCUUGGAGUAUAUGCCGGUUAUUCCUCACCGUAUUACUCAAGUUAUGGAUACCCUACUUCUUCUUUCAACUACUUGUAAAUGUUAUAUAUGUUAAAUGCUAUGGCCCUCCGAAAUUAUAUGUUUUUACAUAAAUAUUAGUAAACAUUAAUAAAUUA